CACCGAAACUCUAAAUUAGGUUUUUUUUUAACGGUUAGAGCUUUGGUGAAGAAGAUCCUUUGCGGUUGCUGCUGUACGUGAUUCAAGAGGUCGACCACGUGGAAGUUAUGAGUCCUUGUUAUCAUUAUUUAUGACUGAUUCUGUUGGUUUGAAACGUAAUUUGUACAAGCAAAAGAACCAUCCACAUCGACAUACAUAAGCAAAAAAGACACAGGCCAUAUGUUGAUUUUCUUGUAUUCGGUCGACCUUGUACCGGAUUAGGUCGACCGCGAAACCAACACUUGAUCUUCAUUUUACGUCAAAUGAUGAUGGAUAAAUGUAUACAAUACUUCUCUUCUAUCUGAUCGACCUCUUUCUGUAAAUGGUUGACCAUUUUGUUAAUGACCGCCAUCAAGUGGUCGACCUAUAUACCUUUACGGUCGACCAUUUUGCUUAUGACGCCAAUGAAAAGGGUAAUCGAUAUUUUAUUGUGGUCGACCAACAAUGACAACUUAAACUACAAACGGUCGACCACUACAUUUUAAAGGUCGACCGUUAUAAGUCAUCAGGGUGCCCACAUUAGUGUAUUCGGGAACCUCACAAAACUGAAACGACAGAUUAGGUCGACUUAAUCUUAUAUGAGGUCGACCUAAAAGUGCAAGUUAUGGUGACAUGCAUGUCACUAUAGGCAUACCCUAUAUAUUAUGCUAGAGAAAAUAACUUGUUUUAGAAUGGCAAACCCAUGAUGUUCAUUUGUUUUACUUGAUGGCCAAAUCCCGAGUAGGUCAGGCCCAUUCAACUCUUUUAUUUUAUAGUUAGCGGUUAGCCCAUUAGAAUCCAUGCAUUAGUUUAUUGUUAAAUUUUUUUCAUUUUAUCAAUGAAAAGGAGCAUUGUUUUUGCCUUUUCAUAUAUAUUUUACCACCACGGAGAACUAAAAGGGGUUAAAGAAAAAAAUUGACACUCCUAGACCCGUUUAAAUUUGCAUGUGUACGGUAAGUUGGCACGUUCCACAAAGGAAAGAGAAAAAAAUUGACACUCCCUAUUCUACCAUUCCUACAAACGCUCCUCGAGCAGGGAAUUUGAAAUGGGGGAAGGGUUUUUUUCUCCCUGCUAUUAUAUGUUUUUAAUUUAAAAAGAUACAACAAAUGUAUGUAGUGUGAUUGGUUAUGAUCCUUGCUUUUCUUUAAAGUUGUCAUGGUUUGAAUCCCAGUACAUGUCUUUUUAAUGAAUAUAAAUAAGUAAUUGUGAAGACCAAAAUGUCCUUCCUACUUUCACUCUCGUUGCGGGAAAUUUGAAAUGGAGCAACAGUUUUCCCCUUCAUGCUAUUAUAUAUCGUGUAGAAGGAAGUAUGAGGGAGACAUGGGGUCCCAUAGAUUUGAACAUUUCAAUCAGGUGUUAUGGGCCAAGAUUGGAUGGCGAAUACUUACUGAACUCCAGUCUCUUCUUGCUCAGGUGUAUAAGGGGAAGUAUUUCCCUACCAGCAAGUUCCUCACAUCUACUGCUCUUUCUCGUCCAUCCUGAGGGUGGCAAAGUAUCCUUUACAAACAUGAACUUUUAGUUCAAGGUCUUCGCUGGCAGGUUGGGAAUGGCAUGCAGGUGUCAGCGCUAAAUGAUAGCUGGAUCCCGGCCUUACAUCCAGACCCCCCAUUUUUUAACCCUCGGGUUCUUCCUAAAGAGGGGGACCUCAAGGUGGCAGAUUUGAUGUGUCCGGGCGAGGGACACUGGUCUAGUGACAAACUUGCCCAGUGGUUCCACCCAGACUCUUGUCGAGCUAUAGAAGCUAUUGCUUUGCCCCGUCAGGAUUUGGAGGACAAGCAAAUCUGGCAUGCCACUGGGGAUGGAGUCUUCACUGUUAAAUCGGCUUAUCACCUUGCGGUCUUGAUAGAUAAGCAACAUGGGAGGUGGAGUCCUACAGCAGUUGGAUGGAUCAACAAAGCUGGAUUCAUCUUUGGGAGUCCGCGAUUCCACCCAAGCUGAAGGUGUUUUUAUAGCAAAUCUCACAUCGCUUCCUCCCAACAAUGGAGGCCCUUAUUGAGAGGAAGGUCUAGGUGCACCCUAGGUGUUCGGUGUGUAGGGCUGCUUCUGAAACUAUGGAGCAUCUCUUACUAGAGUGUCCGGUGGCUAGAGCCUUGUGGGAUCAUUCUGGGUUGGAACAUCUUGGCCAAGGCCUUCUGCGUCAUACGUUCCCCCUUUUCCUCAAAAAUUGUUGGCCAUCAUUCGGGAUCCGCAUCAAGUCAUGGCUUUUGUGGCAGUGCUCUGGCAGAUUUGGAAGUCUCGCAACUGGGUUGUCUUUUAAGGAAAACAGUUUACGAUUCCAGCCCUGAUGAGGCAGUAUCUUAAGCAGUUACAUGAGUGGGUUAAUCUGCCUAAGGAUAGGGUGGUGGGUUCCGCUGGUACUGGGGAUGGUGGUGUGUUGUCUGCUAACCCUGUUUCUAUCAUCUGUAGGUGGGAUGGGGCGGUGAGAUAAGGGUCCCACUUGGCAGGGGGAUGGUACUCUUGGAUCAGGGUGGGGAGGUUAUUUUAGCAUCUGGUGUUUUCUUCCCUGGGAUAGAUGAUCCUAUGAUCGUGGAGCUGCUUGUUCUCCAAGAAGAAAUCUUGUGGUGCCUCCAACAGGGUGUGUCAGUGGUUAGAUUCGAAGGGGAUGCUAAGGUGGUUAUUGAUAGACUCAACCAAGCCCAGAAACAGGAUAACUAGGCAAGUGCUAUUUUCCAGGAGGUUUUGUGAUAUUUGGCUGAGCAUGAUGGGGGUUUAGUGUUCGAUUCGUAGGUCAGGAAAAUAAUAGGGUAGCCCAUGCGGUGGCUCAAAAUGCCCUUUCUUUAUACCCGAUAUUGUGGCGUUCGUUUGAUUUUGUAGCCUUGCUGAGGCACAGGGUGUAAUGAUUUUUUUCUCAAUCAAUAUUUGAUUAUCUUUUGUAAAAAAAACAUGUGUGAUCAAACUUGGUCCUGGAGUGGUUUGCUUGGUCGAUUUGAAAAAUAAAGAUUUUGGUAUUUGGGUUUUGAAAAAUCAUGGAUAUAUGAGGGUUUUGGGUUCAUUAUUGACUUGAAAAAAACCAUUAUUUGUUUCAUAUAUUUCAUCAUGGAUUUUGUUAACUAGAUUUGUAUAUUUGAAGUUAAAUGAAAUUUAUUGCCCUCAUAUGUAUGAAGAAGAAAGGAAAUAAAAGGGGUGCAUUGGUCAUAAACCAAAGACUUUUAAAUCCAUGAUCAAUUCCCACCUAAAGACUGGGAUUUGCUAGCCCGUGGGACCCCCAAAGUAUGUGGGGUCCGCACUUGUUACCUCUAAAUACAUGAAUCAAACAAAGGAUUUUGGAUAAA